AUGACGCUGACAUUAGCGAGCGAAUUAAUACAGGAACGCGCGCUUUCCACAAACAAAUUGCAAUUGUCGCAUGCAUCAACAACGAAUGAAGCCACAACCAUUAGUUACAAUGCCAAUCACACAGGCAAAUCGAGUGUUAAGAAGAAAAAACUUGCAGCCACUGCUUCUGCGACAACCGCAACGUUGCUUACAUCAACGCCGUCGACUGUUGCAACGCCAGCGUCUUCAUCAUCGAUGCCAGUGCCGGAAGUGAGUCCUACCGGCAGCAGCGAUAGCGCAAUGCGCGACAAGCAAUUUCCCACAGUUAGUACACCACCCUCCUCCGCCACGGCUGCCGUAGAAACUACCGAAGACGAUUCGGAUUCGGGUUCGACGGAUGCGCGUCGAAAAAAGAAGGCACGCACAACCUUUACUGGACGUCAAAUAUUCGAAUUGGAGAAGCAAUUUGAGAUAAAGAAAUAUCUCAGUUCGAGUGAACGAACAGAAAUGGCUAAAUUGCUGAAUGUAACUGAGACGCAG